AUGGCCGGGGUGAGCGGAUCAGGGUCGGCUGGGUCUGCCGGCGGGAGUAGCAACAACAGCGCGGUGAGAGGACUGCGAGUGGACGGGCUGCCUCCCCUGCCCAAAAGCCUGAGCGGACUGCUGAACUCGUCGUCGGGCGGGGGUGCCUCCGGGGGCUGGAGGCACCUGGAGCGGCUGUACGCCCAGAAAUCCCGCAUCCAGGACGAGCUGAGCCGCGGAGGAGCUGGGGGCUGCUGCGGCGGCGUGGGGCGGACAGCGGCGCCUCUCCCCAAGCCCCCAAACCUAGACGCUGCCCUGGCCCUGCUCCGCAAGGAGAUGGUUGGCCUUCGGCAGCUGGACAUGUCAUUGCUGUGCCAACUUUACUCCCUCUAUGAGUCAAUUCAGGAAUACAAGGGGGCUUGCCAAGCAGCCUCCAGCCCGGACUGCUCUUAUGCCCUGGAAAAUGGCUUCUUUGACGAAGAGGAGGAAUAUUUCCAGGAGCAUGGUUCCCUUCACAAUGGGAGGGAACAAGGUGCCCAGAUGGACUUUACGCUGCCUGUCACUCCUCUCUCCAACAGCGACUGGAUCCUGGAGUCCAUUUAGAAGACCUAUAGAAGGGAUACAUCUGACUCUAGGGUGUGUGUUGUGUUGAGGGGAUACCUCAGAGACUUCUGCCCAUUUUUGUUUCUGGAAGACUGUCAGUACAUUCUCCUUUUCUGCAUGUAUUCCUCUGGAAAAAAGAAAGUAUACCAUUGAGCCUCAAUAUGGAAGCUGCCAAAUUAAUUUGUGGGCAGGCCCUUCUCCAUUGACAGUCUGUCUGGAUUGUUGGAGUGUCUGAUUUGACAAACUGUCUGUGUCAGAACAAGAUUCUGGAUGCUCUCGUCAUCUUGAUAUUCUCGCAAUGGGGACUUUGUUGAAGAUUGGUAUCCCUUUGAUGCAAAAAAAAAAAAAAAAAAAUUCCUCCUAAAGUGGCCACUUAGUGGGGAAUUGCCCUGUGCUGUUUAGAUUGAAGUUAAAGUUAUUGAGUCCAUAUGAUUCUAUGAUAUUUGGGCUCUUCUCUGGAUGGGCUGUUUGCACCCUGUCUUGUGCGCUGUGGGAUUUUGUUGUGUUGUUUUUUUUUUUUUUUACCUCAAGUUUGCCAUGUGUUAAAAAUAACAUUUUACUGUUACCUCUUUUGAAUCCAUUCUCCAACUGUUCCUCUGCCUUUUAUUUCUGCUUAAAUGAGCUUUCAGGAUUCUUGGCUAAGUGGCUUUUUGUGAACCACAUAACUAACUGGCUUACAGUUGAUUUUAUGAGCUACCUACCGAGAAGUGACCAUUUAAGAAAAUUUGGGUGUCAAUUUGCUGAUUCCCAAAGUAACACAGGAGGGGAAUCCUUCUUUGCUAGCCACAUGCAGUAGGAAGGAGACUAAUAUGAACGAAUGCUUAGUAGGAAAACUGGGACAAACUGCAAUAUUUUGUAUUACCUGAACGUUUCAUUAUAAGACUAUUGAAAAAACUAUUGAAAAAACAUUUUUUUUUAAUCUGCAAGUGUAUCUUGAAAAUGUUCUGAUAUGUUAGACAGAAGUCAGACUACUCCCUAUGCUCAAAAGGAGAAUUGCUA